AGCAGGUUUGUUUCUGUCAACAGAUCUUCAGACGCCACAAAGCUCAUCGGCUGAUUACAACAGCUCCACACUGACGACUCCUGCUCUGUGCAUGUGUGAGUGUAUCUGAGACGUCGCUGUGCAGUGUGUGAGAGGGUGCGUGUAGCGCCGAUCUGCAGUGUGUGUGAUGUCUUCGGAGCUGCUGGUAGAUUUGGGUGAUGAGCCUGCCACUGCACAGUUAGGACAACUGAAGCUGGCCACCAUCGAGGACCAGCAGUGGCCCGCUGAUGAGUCUACUCUCAGCAAGUCAGAAACAGACAUUUCCCAGCGCUUCGACGCUGGCUCCCCCCAUCUUCCCUGGGACCAUCCUUUCUAUGACAUCGCAAGGCAUCAGAUCAUUGAAGUGGCAGGCGAUGAUAACUUUGGCAGGAAGGUGAUAGUGUUUAAUGCCUGCAGGAUGCCUCCACAGCACCAGCUGGACCAUCACAAACUGCUGAUGUAUCUCAAAGGAACACUGGAUCAGUAUGUGGAAAGUGACUACACUCUGAUCUAUUUCCAUCAUGGGCUGACUAGUGAAAACAAACCUUCUCUCGGCUGGCUACGAGACGCGUACAGGGAGUUUGACAGAAAGUAUAAAAAGAACAUCAAGGCCCUGUACAUCGUCCAUCCCACCAUGUUCAUCAAGACUCUGCUGAUCCUCUUCAAACCAAUUAUCAGUUUUAAGUUUGGCAGGAAGAUCAACUAUGUGAGCUAUCUGAGCGAGCUGGAGGAUGUGGUCAAGUGUGAGCAGCUGCUGAUUCCUGCCCGCGUCAAAGAGUAUGACAACAAACUGAGAGCAUCCCUGAAACCGACUGCCCAGCCUCCCAUGUCUCCUCCUCGCAGCCCUCCCCUUCCCAACCAGGUGUUUGGGGUGCCGCUCGAGUUGCUCAGACAGAGGAAUCCAGAUGGUGAUCCAGUUCCUGUGGUGAUGAGAGACACCAUUGGCUUCCUUUCAGAGCAAGGUUUGGAGAUUGAGGGAAUCUUCAGAAGGUCUGCGAAUGUGACUCUGGUGAAGGAAGUCCAGCUCAGGUACAACUCAGGUGGAACAGUGGAUUUCAGAGAGAUGGAAGACGUCCACUUGGCUGCUGUGAUUCUGAAGACGUUCCUCAGGGAACUACCCGAGCCUCUGCUGACCUACCAGCUCUACAAUGACAUCGUCAAUUUUGCCUCUGUAUCCAGUGACAGCCAGGUGAUGGUAAUGAAGACGCUGGUAGAGUCACUGCCAGAAGAAAACUAUCUAUCACUACGAUAUCUUAUUACAUUCCUGGCACAGGUAUCAGCCAACAGUGAGGUGAAUAAGAUGACCAACAGUAACCUGGCUGUGGUGUUUGGUCCUAACCUGCUUUGGGGGCGGGACAACGCCAUGUCACUCAGUGCCAUUGGGCCAAUCAACAACUUCACCAGAACCCUGCUGGACCAGCAGCAUCUUGUCUUUACCUAGUCAGCACCCCGUCUCCUUGCAGUCUGUCGUCCAGUCUGAAAAACCACCUGCUUCCCCUGCAGCAUUUAGUCUCUAGCUCACCUCAGCUCCUCCUCAGGGGCUUCAUCAGGGUACUUCUGUACCAGCAACACUUAGACAAGCCAGGUUUGUCUGCUUUUCCCUUAAGACACCAUACACUUUAAAAAGAUCCUAUGGACCAACUGCAUGUCGUUUUUGUCUCAGCAGUCCGUUAGCAGCGUCUUGUUGCGUUAAGCGGUGUGGACUGCUGCCAGCUUGUGGCCCACAUUUCCAUUUUCACAUGACUUUAGGCAUGAAUGGAUGGAAAUGGCACAUGCAUUAGUCAGCAAGCAAAUAACCCUCGAAACAAGUUAUAGCACAAAAUGCAACAGCUACUUACUUCACAUCCUUUUACACUUUAUCGGAAAGUGGAGGCACCAGUUCAGCCUCUGUUGUUGGAGGCAGUGGCAAGGUCUGACUGGCAAGUUCUGUUUGUUUCUUUUCUUUUUGCCAUUUAAGUCAACUGCAUUUCCAAAGCUUCCACUACCUUUUAAGUCGCACCCUACUCUUCAUGAAUUCCAUUCCUAACUGCAUGUUUAUAAAUUCAAAUGUGUCUCAGACCCUGCCUCAACAAAGUGGCCGGCUAUCAUUUUUAUCUCUGCAUGGAGAUUGAUAGCAGUUGGACUUUGAAGUCCCCCUUUCUUUCUCUGUGUUUGUGUGAUGUAUUGUUUUUCUAUGUAGUGCCAAAAAAAAGUGGCCUCCAGCUUUCACAUACGUCCUGUAGGAUUUUGAGCUAAAGAGCGGAGAGAUGAAGAGAAUGGAGGUUUGUGUCUCCAUGAAAGACUCAGGUUAACUUCCAAACGGUGAACUUGGUACCAAACGUUGUGGACAAUCUAUGAAAUGCUGUAAUUAAAGUGAGCAGUAGAGUAGGAGCUGUGUGAUUCUGUGAUCACGGCUUUGCAUGUUGAAAUGAGUGCUGGACCUGGUGUAGGUUUCAGAAUGAGGGCUCAUCAGUCUGUAAUAUACUGUGCUAUAUCCUGAUAGUUUCUGUAUGAUUCUUGACAGCUCUCCCCUGACUAUAUUUGGCUUUAAUAUCUUAUUAAUAAUACUUCUUUUGAAUUUCCCCCUAUCCCAGUAUAAUACUUUCCUAAACUCCACUUACAUUAUAGCAACUGUGAUUUAGGAACGUCUCAUCGUAGCUCAUCAGGGUAGCUGUUUAUAGCGGUGGUACCCGAUAAACAGCUGACACAACAGCAUUCAUGAAUAUUCUGUUGUACAAGAACAGAAAUGUCAGUUCUUAAAUAGUGCCCAGGACCUUUAUUUACCUCAGUGGCAGAAAGAACCAAGUCUUUAUUUUGAAUAUUUCUUGUAUCCCAACUAAAUGCCAACUUAACACCUCCUCCUUGUACCUUUGUCUUGAUACGUUUAGUUGAGUUUCUUUUUCCAUAGCACUACUUCCAUCAGUACACCACCAGAGGGAUGUCUCAGCCAUUCAGCCAUCACUACUUAAUUCCAGUUCUUGCCGUUUUUUUCUCUAUCAGUUAAAUAUUCUUUGGAUCAUUCCAUUAAAAAUCACUCUGUUUCUUCCACCUGACCCCCUCAGAAACAGCUGAUUUAAAUAAUAAUAAUAAUAAUAACUCCAGCGUAUCUAAUGAAGCCAUGCAUAAAUGUUACCUUCAUUGUAUGAAUAUUUUUCAGGCCCUUAAGGUGCAAUGGGGUGGACAUUUAUUUUGACACAUAAGGAAUCACGGCCAGACAAAGAGCCUGGUAUCGACAUAUAACUAGCCACCUAUCCCACUAACCCUUACCUUUAAAUCAGAGCUCAAACAUGUUUUGCACAUUUCAUCUGUCUCCUUUACUUAUGAAGUUAUCAGGGCUGAAAAAUGCCCCAAAUAGUAAUGUGAUUUAAAAAAACGCAAAAUUUUGACCCACUCAUAUGCACUUAUAUUAUAAGGAUAAGAUUUUGCCUGGCCCUAUUAAACAGACUAAAGUUAUUGUCCAUAAAAAUGACCUGAUUCUGAGAGGGAAAGGGGAUUUAUUUUUUUGAGAUUUGGUUGCAUUUUUACAUGGAAUGAUCCUUUGAGUCUUCCGGUCUUGUAUUGGUAGACUUUAAAUUCUGCAAACUGGGAGAACGAGGCUUAAUCCUGUUGGGUAGUUAUGAGUUGUUUUCAUUCAUCCCAGCUGCCAUGUGGCAUCACCUCGGUGUGAAUCAUUCAGCCUCUUUAUUUAUUUUGAUUCACCCCACAUAUAGCACAGAAUAUCCAUUUAAAUACAUAUUUGACGCUGUUGUGAUGUGAGUUUUAUUUAUGUCUUUAGUUGCCUUAUAUUUCGUUUGAUGCUGUGCCACUAAUGGAGUUUGUCCAAGUUGUAUGAUGGUUUGUACGUCUGUCUUUAUGGUGCAGGGUCAUCUGUUCUGUUCGUGAAAGAUAAUCCACAACAGCUUGUGCAGUUAUCAAGAAUAACACACAGAAGCUUUUUACUACUGUUUUAUAACCAAACAUGCCUGAGUGGAUUAUCUCGUUGUUACAGCACCAUGUAAGCCAUCAUUUAAAUACUCUUCAUUCAUUUAGUCAUCGAGUAUUAAUUUAGAAUAGCAGUGCUUUGCUUCAGAGCUGUGCGUUUAUCACAGAAUAAAGCACACCCUUGUGGCCAGUCAGAAUCCAGUGUUCUCUUUGGCUACUGUGUUCAUGAGAGAUAAGUCGUAUUCACUACAGGCAUGGAGCAGCAGGACUGUGGAGAGAAUGUAGCAGGAGAUGAAUUCGCUGUACUGUUGUAGCAAUCUGCUGCUCAUUUCUAGCAGUGUAACAAAUCACGUUGCUGUAUUUCAGGUACAGGAAUUACUGGUAGAGAAAAUUCAGCCUCCGACCCUUUACAGAGAUGUGGACUCGACUCGACAGCAUAAAACAAGACUUUGACUUGUGACAUGGACUUUAGCCCUUUGAUUAGAGAUUAUUUAGGCCAUAUUAUGUAACAUCUAGUUUUUUUAAAACUUGUUUUAGAACAUCAUCACAUGUCCCCAGUGUGCCUAGAGACCUACAAGUUAUGCCGUUCUGUCAUUGUUCACCUUUCUCUGUUGUUUAGAAAGUCUUUAAUUGAGCCAUUCAGCUUUGCAGCCUGUUGUGAUAUGUUAAUAUAGGCAUGACCAAAUUAUAAAUCAGUGCAGUACUAAGAUGAUAACGAUUAAGUGCUGUUAAUAUAUAUAAAAGCAGAAGACGUAAGACUUGCAUGUCAGAAAAUGUAUUGUAGAGCAGUACCUGGCUGCACCACAAGGUGGAGCUUCUGAUUGUUUAAUAGGACUGCAGCUUGCUUGCUGGGUUUAAUAUUGUAGCAACCCUAGUAGGUGGUCACUCAGUUCUGUGUUGAUGAACAGAGAGCAUUCUGGGGGUUUACCAAACAAUGGGCAACCAUGACGAAGAUUUUUGUGGUGGUCAGUGGCUUCCGACCAGAGCUUACAAAUUUAAGAUGAGCCAGAGUCUGCUUGGACAGAAUUCCAAUUAGUGAGAGUGGUAGAUGUCAUGUGAUUGUUGUUAAAAAUGUCUCUAUCAACAUGCAAAAUAAAGUCCAUUAAUUUGAGCGAUUGAUCGAUUCUUGAUUGAUAACGCUAUUGACUGUCAGUUAAGAAAAUUGUUUAAAAUUUUAUCUCAAGUGCAGAACUUUGAGCUGAAACUUAAAAUAUGCAUCCUGGGGACAUGUGAGACCUUGACUAACCUGUUAUAAAGGGCGUGAUAGAGGAUGUUUAAUAAAAUUCACUAAACCCAAAAGGUAAACAUUGCAUUGUGAAGUAGAGCAUUGUCACUAAACUCUUUAUUUUCCUGCUAACGAACUGGGCAGCAGCCAGCAGAAGGGAACAUAAGUUUAUCAGUGCACAUAAAUAUGGUCUGUCUCUACAUACAAAACUAAGACUUUGACUUGACUUGUGACUUGCAGAACACCAUCUUGGUCCCAUCAGUGUAUUUACUGCACAUUGCUACAAAAGUAGUGCUGGGUUGGGACCCCACAGAGGGCCGUAAGCUUAAUCUGACUCGAGUAAAGUGGACAAAACAAUAUUGCUACCUAAAACUGUUCCGUUUUUGCAACUGUCCUGACCCAAAAGGUUGGAGCAGGUGGAUUAAGGUACAGUAGUGAUACACAGGACAACGUUCUGGGCAGCUAGGAGGCUGGUUUCACUGUUGACAUUGCUAAUGUAGCUACAGCAUUUCUUAACACUAACAACUUUCUGGAUUAGGGUUUAAAUGUCAAUGAGAAGAGCUGAGCAAACAGAAUCGACUUACAGAUGCUGGAAGCUUCCCGCUACAUUUUCCAACACGCCGCACUGUUCCUUUCCUUCGUCGUUGCUCAUUUUCUUUCUUCUAUUGAUCACCCAGGACAAAUUGUAUUUCAGUGGAGCUUUAUUCGUUCAGUUUUCACAAUCUUUAUAUAAAGAACCUCUUCCCAUUUUCUGCCGUCUGUGUCUCAAUUCAACUCAUCCAAAGUGUUGCAUUCUAUGUCAGAUGAAAAUAGUUCUAUUGAGUCGAGCAGCUCAGAGUAAAUUUGACAUUUCUUUGUUAGCAGGUAUAUGGUGUGAUGUAAGACCUUGGCCGGAAGUUUGUGACCCUCUGUGUCUCCUUCCUGUAGUCAUUCAUUUUAUGUAAAGACUCCUGGCCAAACUGUUCUCUUGAACUAGUUGUCUUUUCAUUUGUCAAUGGCCAAAAUACUUGCCGUGGGUAAAUAUUAGUGUUGUAAUGUUGCUAUAAUUCUUAAUAUGAUGUGACUGAAAAAGCACCAAAAGAUGAGAAAUUUAGUUUGACUGAAGCUGAAAUCAAAAACAAAAAAAAACUCUCAAAUGUUUACCUGUUGUAACUCCCAGUCAUGUCAAUACGGCGGUGAUUGACAUGCCAAUAGUGUAUAUAUGGGUGUGUGUUUGUGUGUAACUGCUAACUCAGCUAAACCCAGCAUAUUUGAAUAAGCAAAUAUGUGUAACUGUUGGGCUUUAAGUACAUAGAUAAAGAAUAAAUAAGCAAAAAAGUAACGACUAGGGCCCCUGUUAGUUGAGGUUUUUGUGUAUGUGUGUGAUUGUUGUCAGGUGAAAACAGUAACUCCAGAUUGUUUUGUUUUUUUUUUUUAACUUUUUUUUUUGUAUUAUUUAACAUUGUGAGAAAGAUUGUCAUGAUGUUGACAGUUCUCUUAGACACAUUCAAAACCUCACAGCAAAAAUAAGUGUUUUUCUUAGACCAAGAGAGACAGAAAGUGUUGGAGAUACAAGUUUUAUAUGUGACAACAGUAUGUGUGUGAGUGUGUGUGCGCACGUGUGUGUAUGUGUGUGUGCAUGCUCGUGCCUUAUUUGUUUCCCCCCCGUGUGAUCAUGUGAUUAGCCAUCAAAGUGCCAGUGUGCCCAUUCUACCAUAGAUUAAAAAUACCACGAGGUGCGUUCAACAAAGUCUAGGUGUUUGUGUGUUAGACAGCGUUCAAAGCAGUCAUGAGCAGAAAACGCAAAAGGAGAGAGGAGCCUCCCGCCCAAACUCCUCAGUUUGUUGAGCACAGCUCACCUGUAAUUGACGAUCGCAGGCUUGAGAAUUGAAUAAAUGAAUAAAAUAAUAGAGUUAAUAAAUACUGAGGAGGAUUAAAGCUUCGUUCAUUCAUGUCGUUAAGUGUAAUAUUGUGAGAUGAAAACCUGACUUCUGAAACAAAGCUGUUAGAUUUUAGUUUAGAAUGAAGUCUGAUUUUUCUUCUCAGAAAACGUUUUGUGUUUAGUUUUCACAAAGUCAACCAAUUAUAAUGUAUAAUUCACUACAGCUAGAAUCCACCGAGAUGUAAAAAAAAUAAAUGUUGCACAUCUGAAUCUUCUCUUCAUUUCCUGUCUAUAAUUUUUUUUCCAGUUCUUUCAACCAUUUCAGUGUAUUUAACUCCUCUUAUAGUGUUUCUCCUCAACUCUGCUGAUCGAUUACAGCCCUUCUAAUCUAUGGAUCUUUGUACUGUAACUGUUGUCAUGGUGACAGUGAACAAUAUUUCUCCGUGGGAGAAAUUAUUUGGUUUUCAGGCUGAUUUAUUGAUACCUAGUGAUCUUAUUUUCUUAACUCUUUUUUUUUUUCAUCCUUUACUUUUGAUAUGUUGUGGAUCUUAGUCUUAUACAUGUAUGAUAUAAUGGUAAUAUACUGUAAUAUCAAUGUGUGCAAACAAUAAACAAAUGGUGAAUGAAAACCUGA